AAAAGAAGACAAAGUACAUCCUAGAAAUUUCCCCGCCGUUGUGACUGCGCUCAGCCAUGAAUCACCGUGAACCGCUCAAAUCUCUGCUCCCAACCGAACCAUUCGAACUCGAAUCAGGUCUCUCCCUCAUCCCCCGAGUCAUGCUCAAUCUAACAAUUCACCGCGCGGACAAAUCCGUAGCCCUAAUUGACGAGUGGAAGCUCAAGCGCUCUUUAAUCGAUUAUCUCAAAAAGUCGCACUCAAUUUCCGUUCCUGAAGAAGACAUCAAAGUUUUCAAGUACAGAGACCUGAAGAAGCGGAAGCGUGAGGAUCCCGUGGCGCGAGGGAGCUUGUUCGUGUUAGAUUUUGAAUUUCUAUCGAAGAAAUUGAGGUUUUGCGGCGAGGAUGAAGUUGAGCGAGAGUUCACGGAGUGGAGGAAGGGGAUUGUGGCGGAGAUGGAUGGAAUGGAGUUGAAUUUGGAGGGUGUGAAGUUUAAGCUGAGUGUUGAGGUGCCGAAAGCUGAUGAUUUUGAAGGGAUGCGGAAGGAAUGGGAGGAGAUCGCGGCGUUUGGAUCGAGAGGAUAUUCAAGGAGUGAUAAGCAGCAGCCUGAUACAAUUGUCUUGAGAGGUGUGCCUUCUAGGUGGUUUGCUGAGCCUCGGGUUUCAUCCAAACCUUCAAUGCUAGUUACUCAUACAAUUUUUUCAGCUCUUGGAAAGAUAAGGAAUCUUGAUGUUGGUGAGGACAAUGACAUAGGUGAAGCUGGGGAUGAAGACAGUGGGGAUCUAAUUUCAGGUCUCCACUGCAAGAUUGUAGUUCGGUUUGAAGGUCACAAGGACUUCUGUAAUGCCUUGAAGGUUUUAUGUGGCCGUUCCUUAAAUAAGCAAGGAUCACGCAUGAGAGCCGAUUAUGAUGUCACCUGGGACAGAGAUGGAUUCUUUAGAAAUGGUAGAAGCCGAGCUGAACAAGGUAAAAGAUGGACACCAACAGCUGGUGCUGGAAGUUAUAAAAGCGAAGGUUCUGGAUGGCAGUCACAAGUCUCCCGACUUAGCCCUGAGGAUGCACGCAGGAAACGAUUCAGGGAUUGAGGAAAAGUUUGAAUGAUUGGCUAUGGGUUUAGGGUUUAGUGAGAGGAGAGUGACUGAAGUCUUGCUUUCUUUAAGAUUUGUGGCAAUAUCUGAGUCUGUGAUUAAUGUUGACAGAAAAGAACCACUGAAUAUUUUAUUAAGUAAUGCAGACAUUUGAAUGUA